AUGGGCCUCAAGGGUGGUGAUGGAAAGAGGCUGGAGGUCCCGGUGGACAGUGUAGACCUCGACCUCACAGAGAGUGAACUGCUCCUCCCGGCCCGGGAUGGUGAUGGUGACGUAGCGGCCGCGGAGGCCGUGGCAGCAGAUGGUGCUGAGCGACCCAGGACUGGCGGGUGCCCUAUUGCUACGCGCCUAUUGCUGCGCGCCGCCCUCCGCUCGCCCUGCGCCCCCCUGCGCCUGCUCUGCCGCGACUUCCACGCCGAGGAGCUCUCCGUCUCCACCGUCGUCUCCCUGCUGGACUCCCUGGAGCCUGCUGCCGUCCGCAGAGUUGUUUUACGCUUCAACAACCUGGGGCUGGCGGGGCUGUGCGAAGUGCUGCCUCACCUCGGCCGCUUCCCCGCGCUGCGCAGCCUCAAGCUGCCCUACAGCAACGUGGACGUGCGCCGCACAGCCCCGGGCACGGACGCCGGCAUCCGCUGCUUGGCCGCUCACCUCCGGGCCUUGCCUGCCCUCAAGGAGCUCGAUUUGUACUCCUCCAGGCUUUCUGGGAGACUCAGGCAGCUCCUGGGCGAGCUGCAGACUCCCCUGGAGAGUCUGGCGCUGGCCUUCUGCUGCCUGCUCCCCUCCGACCUCAUCUUCCUGUCCUCGAGCCUCCACGCGCCCUCCCUGCUCCAGCUGGACCUGAGCGGCCACAACCUCAUGUCCCCCAGCCUCCUGCAACCCUUGCGGACGCUGCUGGAAGCCGCUUCGUGCUCGCUGCUGCAGCUGGAGCUGCUGGAGUGUCAGCUGGGGGACGCGGAGCUGGAGCUGCUGCUGCCGGCGCUGCGCCGCUGCCGCCGCCUGCGCUGCCUCGGUCUCCUCGGCACCCCCCUGAGCGCGGCGGCGCUGGGCGGCCUGGCCCGGCCCUGCGCGGCCCUGCCCGACCUGCGCCUCGUGGGCUACUCGCAGCCGCCGCGGGGCUCCGGCCACCACACCCCCACGCAGGGGGAGGAGGGUUUCCCGGCGGAGCUGUGCCGGCUGCUGGCGAGCGCGGGUAGAGCAGACGCCGUGUGGACGACCAGCCUCCAGCGCUACGGAGCCAUCGACUACUUCAGCUUGUAGCAUCCCCCCCCCAGGGAAGCUUCACCUCGGGGCGCUGUGCCGGGCUCUGGGCUGUGCCACUCGCUUAUGGUGAGUUCAUUAAAGCCAACCCCACCUUGCCCGAUUAACCCAAGUCCUCCUGGGAUGCUUGGCAGGAGGAAGUGGCAGAGCUCAGCGGAGGGGAUGGAGCUCUUCUGCUUUUAAUGGACCAAGGAGAGAGCUGGCUGCUGUUCUGGCACACAGGGCACUGACCAGAGAAUCAUUACAGAUGGAAAAGCCCUUUGAGCUGCUGGAGUCCAACCCUGACCCCACAGUGCCACAGCCACCACUGAGCCACGGCCCUCAAGCACCUCAGCCCCACGGCUCUGGGACCCCUCCAGGGCUGGGCACUCCCCCAGCUCCCUGGGCAGCCUGGCACAGGGGCUGACACCCCUCUCAGGGAAACAGUUCUGCCUCAGCUCCAGCCUCAACCUCCCCUGGGGCACCCUGAGCCCCUUUCCUCUUGGCCUGUAGCUUUUAACUUGGCAGCAGAGACCGACCCUCUCAGCCACAGCCAGGGAGUCAGAGUGAUCAGGUCUCCUCUGAGCCUCCUUCUCUGCAGACUGAACCUUUG